AUGGCGGACAUUUGUUUCCAAGGGAAGUUAGCAGAAGCUGUCCAAAACCAUCCCUGCUUAUAUGAUUUCCAUCUAAAGGACUACAGCAACAGGGAUAGAGUACAGAGAGCUUGGGAGAAAGUGGCACAAGAAUUGAACUCAUCAGUGAAGGAAUGCAAAGAGAGGUGGAGAAAUAUGAGAAUCGUAUUUACCAGGAAUAUUAAGUCACCCCCGUCUGGUGCAAAGAACAAAAAGAAACCCUGGCCUCACCUACAAGCUAUGAUGUUCCUCAAACCGUAUGUGACUGCGAAAGGGAACGAUCUGCCCAGAAACCUACUGCCUCUACCAUCCACGGCUGUAGACUCAUCAGCAGCCAAUAACAGCGAGGAAGAUCGUGAUGACGAUGUUCUACCUUCACCAGAGGAACCUGCUGAGGAAGAUGACCUUUACUAUUGGAAAAAAGAAAAUCACCCCUCAUCCUCCCUCCAAAACGACAGCAAGCCAGUAAAUGCUGAUGCGGUAUUGGACUACAUAAAUUCAAAGAGAGUCGUUAGUGAUAAUCCUAGAAAACAGUUUCUAUUGAGUUUACUUCCUGAUGUGGAAGUCAUGACUGUGCCGCAAUUCAAGAACUUUCGGAGAGGUGUUCUUCAUUUGAUAGAUCAGAUUGAUGAACCAGCAUGGACACAUCAGGAAUCAGCUAUCAGCCCAAUCUCAACUCAGUCAUGGUCGGGGGAGUCUUCCCAAUCAUCAUCCAAUCAGCAUCUACAUCCUCAUAACUACAUUACAAAGUAG